AUGGCGGAUAUGCCAAAGGAUCUGAAGACGCAGAUCGAUAAGCUGGAAGAGCUGUUUGUCGUAAACACAGACAAGCUGAAGCACAUCACGAACCACUUUGUUAGCGAGCUCGAGAAGGGCUUGUCAGAAGAGGGAGGAAGUAUUCCCAUGAUUCCCACUUGGUGCAUGGCUUUCCCCGAUGGCCACGAGACCGGCAGCUACCUUGCGCUCGACAUGGGCGGUACCAACCUACGCGUCUGCGAAGUCACCCUGACCGAAGAGAAGGGCGAGUUUGAGAUUAUACAAUCAAAGUACCGCAUGCCCGAAGAGUUGAAGACGGGAACCGCCGAUGAGCUUUGGGGAUACGUUGCCGACUGUCUGCAACAGUUUAUCGAAUACCACCACGAGGGCGAGAAGCUCGAGACCCUGCCUCUCGGGUUCACAUUUUCAUACCCCGUCUCGCAAGACGCCAUUGAUCACGGUGUCCUACAGCGAUGGACCAAGGGCUUCGAUGUUGCCGGUAUGGAGGGCGUGGAUGUCGUGCCUGGCUUCAAGAAGGCGCUGGAAGACCGUGGCGUGCCCAUCAAGCUCGCAGCUUUGGUCAACGAUACCACCGGUACCAUGAUUGCGUCUGCAUACACAAACACCAGUAUCAAGAUUGGUUGCAUUUUCGGUACUGGUUGCAACGCUGCCUACAUGGAAGAGUGCGGCGAGAUCCCUAAGCUGAAGCACAUGAAACUUGACCCGAAAUUGCCAAUGGCCAUCAACUGUGAAUGGGGCGCGUUCGAUAAUGAAAAGAAGGUCCUCCCAAGAACACCCUACGACGUCAUUAUUGAUAAGGAGUCACCACGACCCGGUCAGCAAUUAUUCGAGAAGAUGGUCGCAGGUCUAUACCUGGGAGAAAUCUUCCGUCUAGUUCUCCUGGAUCUACACAAGGGUAACGAAUGCUCAAUGUUCGAGGGCCAAAAUGCCAGCAAGCUCACCAAGCCCUAUUCGCUCGAUGCCGGUUUCCUCUCGCAAAUCGAAGAGGACCGAUUCGAGAACCUGCAGGACACGGCCGAUCUCUUCCAGGAGUCUCUCGGCAUUACAUGCACAAAGCCCGAACUUGAGCUUAUCCGCCGUCUUGCGGAGCUCAUCGGCACCCGUGCCGCCCGUCUUACCGCCUGCGGUGUCUCUGCCAUUUGUAAGCACAAGAAGUGGGAUGAGGUGCACGUCGGUGCCGACGGCUCCGUCUUCACAAAGUACCCCCAUUUCAAGAUCCGACAAGCCCAAGCGAUGAAGGAGAUCAUGGACUGGCCCGCCAAGUAUGGAAAGGGCAAGAACGAUCCCAUUGAGGUGCUUCCUGCUGAGGAUGGCUCUGGUGUUGGUGCUGCUCUUAUCGCUGCACUUACCGUCAAGCGUGCGCAGCAGGGUCUCUUGGCUGGUAUCCGGGAUCAGGACGCGUUGUUGGCCAUGGCACCGAAGAAGAAGUAACCGAUUUUGUAACGGUUCUCGAUAGAUCUAUGAUGAAGCAAUUUUGCGGGUCUAGCACACUGUCUCACAAUAUCCCACGUGGCUGGUUCAUGUAAAAGACUCUUUAUAGCACUCGAAAUUCUGCUUUGUAU